AUGGUUAGGUUGAUGCUGGUCGCCACCGAGUGCGGGGAGUUUGUUGGCACAGGCAAGCGGUUCGCCGAGCGACCGCAGGCCAGUCGGUGUAGUCAAGACCUCGCAUGUAAUCGCGUUCUGGCAGCCUUAGCGGUCUCCCUGGCCCCAUUCUCCGCGGGUCUGGGUAAAGGCUACAGCUCGCCAGCUAUCGCCUCGCUGCAAGGUCCUGCGGCCAACGCCACGCGCCGAGACUUCCAUCUCACCGACCAGCAGGCCAGCUGGCUUGCCUCCUUAUCUUUCCUUGGAGCGCUAUUCGGCGGCAUGGCGGGCGGCGCGGCGAUGCGGCACGGGCGGCGCCGCGUGCUGUCGCUAGCUGCAGCUCCCUGCAGCCUCUCCUGGCUGCUGACGGUGCUGGCCACGUCUGUGCGCAUGAUGUGCAUCACGGCUUUCCUCGGAGGAUUUUGCUGUUCAAUACUUACCAUGCUGUCACAG